AUGGGAUGUAAGGCGUAUGGAAUUUAUUCCCACGCCUUCAAUCAGCACGGCUUGAUUGCAGUUUUGUCUGACAAUCAGGGUUGUCCAUUAGGCAAAUACCUUGAAUCUAUCAAGGGGAAGCGCGAUUACUUAGCAAUUACCAAUCAUCCCCGAGCUUCUCAUGGUCGGCCGAGGCGCGGUGACGCGAAAUCAUGUGGAGCACUGUCUUGGUGGUACGCUAGGCUGUUUCUAGUGACGGAUAGUGCAGGCGGUCGGGGUCUAUUCGAGACCUGUGACUCUUGGGUCUUGUUACUCUUGGGAAAACUAGUUAUAGCGCCGCAUAAUGAAGGCACGAACAUUGAAUGGCUUUCGCACGAGGGCAAAGAGAAGAGUCAGCUCCGAGAUUCCCAGCUGAUCUUUGUUCAAGAGAAACGCAUCGCAUCAUUAGAUCGCAUACCAUCCCAAAACUCCCAAUCGGACAUGAGCUCAUUCCUUCAAAGCUCGAAAAUCUCCUGCCUUCCCGACCUCUUCACCUUAUCAACCCAACCCAGUCAAAUUCCUUCGCUUAAACAUACCCGAAAUAGAUUGAAGGAACGAUAA